AAUAAACUCAAAACCUAAAUAUUUGGAUUAUUUACUUUUGAAAUAACAACAAAAACUUAUAACACAACAUGAUGAUUCACGAAAAAUUAAUGUCUGGUCAAUUCCUACUGGAUUUGAAAAAUGAUCGCUCUGGUUUAUUACAAGCUGCUGCUGUGGCUCAUCAUCAGCAACAACCUUUGCAUCAUUUACAGCCUCCUUCACCCCCUAUGCCUGCUUUGGAUAUUUACUCCGCCUAUGCCUAUCAGCAGCAAUUGCAACAACAGCUUUUGAACUCUGCUGUGGCUCCUCAUCAUAUGCCCGCCGCCAAUCCUGCUCCUGCUCAUACCACCGCAGAAGUUCUUGAUCUUUCUAGACGUGAUUCGGUAGAAACACCACGCAAAACUCCAUCUCCCUAUCACACUAACUCUAGCUUUGGCACUGGUUCUCCAGCUGGUUCUCCCAAUGGUUUUAUGGCACAACAACAGCAACCACAACAUAACUCAACCGCCUCUCUCUUGCCCGCCAAUCUUCUAUAUGCUGCCCAGGCCCAACAACAAGCUCAAAAUCUCAAUAAUUUGCAAAUUCCUGCCAACUUGGCUGCUUUAUAUCCUGGUCUUUACUAUCCUGCUGCUGUUAAGCAAGAACCCAUGUCCACCACACCACCACCAAGCUCAUUACCUGCCGCACAGCCAGCUCCUGCCUUAGCUAACAAUAAUCUCUUGCAAACCUUUGCUGCUGCCGCUGCUGCUUCUUCACUUAAACAUGAUCUUCCAGAGCCUCAUUCUCCUCAGCAAGCUCAAACUUCCACCAACACCUCCGCCACCACACCCACCAGCAGCACCAGCAAUUUAUGCUCACAAGAUCCUAAAAACACUAGACCCUUCAAAGCCUUCCCUAGAGAUCCUCUUGUAAUAGCAGCCAAUUUUGCUGCCACUGAUGUCCUACUCGACAAUCCUCGUGUUGAACGUUAUACUGAAUACCGUAAACGUGUCUUGGAACAAAUUCGCACUUCCAAUGGUGGUUCCCGCACGGUAACCAAUCCCAAAAUGCGCCGCACCAACUCAGCCUCGGGUAGUAUACAUGAGGGUUCCUCCAGCAAUAACAGUGAAAAUGAUGAACGCCAUCACGAAGAGUCCAGUGAUUGUGAUUCCAAUUCUGGACAAGAUUCACAAAAUGCUGUCAGCUCUUCUAAAUCACAAGAAAACUCUUCCAACAACAACGCCGUUACCGGUUCCGGUGGCAUGGUUAAAGAUGCUGCCUACUAUGAACGCCGUCGCAAGAAUAAUGCCGCCGCCAAGAAGUCUCGUGAUCGUCGCCGCAUCAAGGAGGAUGAGAUUGCCAUUCGUGCUGCCUAUUUGGAAAGACAAAACAUUGAACUCUUGUGUCAAAUUGAUGCUCUUAAGGCUCAAUUGGCUGCCUUGACUUCCAAAAUGUCUUAAGUUUUCUCGUAAAACGAACGCUCCUCCUCAUCCUCCUUCGUUUGCGUUGAACGCUGUUUGAAGC